GUGCGCAUUGCUCUUGUCAUUGUUUACCAGCCGCUUGCAAACUUGAGUUAUUGUGAGAUUUUGCGUCGUUUAUAUUAUUUACUUUGACUCCGGGCUUAACGAGCGUGAUUAGCAAUCAUGUCAUCUGCAACAAAAGCGUCUAGGAUUGGGGAAGAGCUGUGGAAGACGAGAGUUGACAAAGUGAACGCCGAGUUGGUAACAUUAACGUACGGUACAAUUGUCGCGCAACUUUGCCAGGACUACGAUGGAAACUACCAAGAAGUGAACAAGCAACUGGAGAAGAUGGGCUACAAUAUUGGAAUGCGACUUAUCGAGGACUUUUUGGCCAAGUCGGGCGUGGGCCGUUGUGCUAAUUUCCGGGAAACAGCGGAUAUGAUUGCAAAGGUUGGGUUCAGGAUCUUCCUCAACAUCGCGCCCACGGUCACCAACUGGACGAGUGACAACAACCAAUUCUCUCUCAUAUUUGAAGAGAACCCGUUGGCAGAUUUCGUUGAGCUGCCCGAUGACGGACGGGCUCAAGAUGAGCUGUGGUUUUCUAAUAUUCUCUGUGGAGUUUUGCGGGGUGCAUUGGAGAUGGUGCAAAUGCAGAUCGAGGCGCAUUUUGUGAGCGACGUUUUGCGGGGCGAUGAUACAACGGAAAUGCGGGUAUCACUUGUAAGGUACAUUGAGGAUGAGAUGCCACCCGAUGAGGAGUGAUAGCGUCAGCCGCAUGGUUCUGAAAUUGUUUAUACACGUAGAGGCGUCUGGUGUUAUGAGGGUUUAAUCCGCCGAUCUGGAGCUGCAGUUAC